AUAUAUCCAUUUUAUGCAACGAGCCAACGAAUCAAACAUAUCUCUCUCUCUGGUCUCUAUCUCUCUCCUCUUGCCUCUCUCCGAAAAGCCUCUGGGAUCCUCCGCCACUCGAUAUCUCCGUGACCGCGCGUGUGUGUUGGGUUUUGCCGAAUGUCGAAGCCAGGAGCUUUGGAUCUCGCGUCAGGUCUGGGUGGGAAGAUCGAGAAGAGUGAAGUCCUCUCCGCCGUCGAACAGUAUGAGAAGUAUCAUGGCUUUUAUGGUGGUGAUGAGGAAGAGAGAAAAGCUAACUACUCUGACAUGGUUAAUAAAUACUAUGAUCUUGCUACUAGCUUUUAUGAGUUUGGCUGGGGGGAGUCUUUCCAUUUUGCGCCCAGAUGGAAAGGUGAGUCUCUUCGAGAGAGCAUCAAGCGACAUGAGCACUUCCUUGCUCUACAACUAGGCCUGAAGCCUGGACAGAAGGUAUUGGACGUUGGAUGUGGAAUUGGAGGACCGCUAAGAGAAAUUUCUAGAUUCAGCUCAGCAUCAGUUACGGGGUUGAACAACAAUGAAUAUCAGAUCACAAGGGGAAAGGAACUAAACCGCAUUGCUGGAGUGGACAAAACCUGCGAUUUUGUGAAGGCUGACUUCAUGAAAAUGUCAUUUCCUGACAAUACUUUUGAUGCAGUAUAUGCAAUUGAAGCUACUUGUCAUGCACCAGACGCAUAUGGAUGCUACAAAGAAAUAUACAGAGUACUAAAGCCUGGCCAAUUUUUUGCUGCAUAUGAGUGGUGCAUGACUGAUUCUUUUGAUCCCAAUAACCGAGAACAUCAAAAAAUAAAGGCAGAAAUCGAGAUUGGUGAUGGCCUUCCUGACAUCAGGUUGACAGGAAAAUGCCUUGAAGCUCUCAAACAAGCAGGUUUUGAGGUCAUAUGGGAGAAAGAUCUUGCUGUGGACUCACCUCUCCCUUGGUACUUGCCUUUGGAUAAAAGUCACUUCUCACUGAGUAGUUUCCGUCUAACUGCUGCUGGGCGUUUCAUUACAAAAAACAUGGUGAGGGCCCUUGAAUUUGUGGGACUUGCCCCAAAGGGAAGUCAACGUGUUCAAAACUUUCUAGAGCAGGCUGCAGAAGGGCUAGUUGAAGGUGGAAAGAAAGAGAUUUUCACACCAAUGUAUUUCUUCUUGGCCCAGAAGCCGCUUUCAGUCAAUCAGUGACAUCUCAAUGUAAACUAAUUAACCUGAUAUCAUAGUCAUGGAAUCUUCCCUGAGAUGCUGAUGGGUUGAAAUGUAUGUUAGGAUUGGGUUUUUACCAUGCUAGUUUGUGAUCUUGGUUGCCAAUUGAAAGUUGUUUUGUCUGUGUUUAGUUUCCUCUGGGUUCAUUUGUUCUCCUCCUUUGGCUUGAGCACUGUUAUAGCCUUCUUACAUUGGGAUUUUGGCUCUUUUAAUUUAUCUAAUGAAUAAAUUUCCUCUC